AUGACCGAUGCGUACGUGGAGAAGACUCAGAAGGAGCUGGGUGCCAUCAUCACUACACCCAAACUCACUGAGAAGCUCCUCUCAAAGCCACCGUUUCGCUUCCUGCAUGAUAUCGUCACGAGCUUUCUGAAGGCAACAACAUUCCCCGAGGGCCUUUACACGAGUGAUAUGCUCGACAGCGGCAACAUAACAGAUAAGGGGAAAAAAAUUGAGUUCCUGACGCUUCUCAUCGCUGCAAUAGAGGCUGCAACAGGGCAGAAGGUCUCGGCAAGCCCGUCAAAGAUCAUCGCGGGACAGGAAGCGGACAAGACGAAUGAGUUGCUGCAGCUCCUCGCAACCUGCGCCGCGCUCCCUGCUGAGAAAAAAGUCGCGGCGGUGGCGAAGGCGAAAGGCGGCAAGCCCGAGGCACCCAAGCAGGAGGCGCAAAUGACAGCUCCCAACAAGGAGAAGGAUGACGAAAAAAAGAAGGAAGAGGAGAGGCGGCUGCGCAAGGAGGAACAGAAACAUGAGGAUGAGGCAGAGAAAAAACGCGAGGCUGAAGAAAAGAAGAAACGAAAGAAGGAGGCCGAAGUGGCUGCCGCUGCCGCUGCCGCCGCCGCCGCCGCGGAAGAAGCUAAGCAACAGCAGCAGAAAAAAGAAGAGGAGAAGGCCGCUGCUUUGGCACGCGACGGCGACGACAAGAAGAAACACGGCGAUGAUGGAGCGGCUUCCAAGAAGCUAGAUGACGCGAAGAAGAAGGAAAGCGAGGAGCGGAAAAAGAAGCGCAAGGAUACUUCGGAUGAGAAGACCCCAAAGGUCGACGACGAAGAACACCGUAAGCGACACGAGGAAAAAAAGCGGCGUGAGAGGGAAGCUGCGGAAAAGGAGGAGGUGGCAACAGCCGAGAACAGCGCGUCGUUGCUUGCACGCCCCUCCCGCCCAGAGCCGCGCGCUACUCCUACUACUACUACUACUACUACUACGGCGGCGGCGGCGGCUGGCAAGGCCCCGCCGCGCACAAAGCCGACACACGAGGUCGUUGACGGGUCCCCCAGCGGUGCGGCACCCGUCGCCGGUGUCAUCCGCGAGAGCAAACGCACCAACGACAAGACGUCACCUCUGGCGGGUAGCGCCGCCGACAACGAGGAUUGGAUGCGCAUCGCGGAGCAGCAGGAAGCGAAGCCGGCGAGCAGCACUGCAGCAGCAGCACCUGGCACUGCCAGCGAGGCCGAGGCGAAGGGCUACUUGGGGCAGCAAGCGCUGAAAGCCAAGCGGGAACAGGAGGAGGCAGCGGCGCAGCGGGCGCGGGAGGUGGACGCGCGUGCCCCACGCGAUGGCGGCAUCGUCAUUCACACCAAUAGAGGCGGCAAGUCCAGCAACGCGACGGUGGAGGGGGAACUAAGCAAGUUGCGUGAACAGCUGCAGCUGCUCACCAAGGCAUCCAACCCAUUGGGCAAGCUCUUGGAGGUCAUCUACGAUGACAUAGACACAAUGGCUCGGGAGUUGGAGAUGUGGCGAGCGGAGGCGCGGGGUCAAGCGCUGGCCGCCGCAGACGCGAGGCGACAGACAAUGGAGAGCCUGCAGGAGGUGCACGCCCAGCUGCAGAACUUGGAGGAUGCCAUCAAUGACCAAAUACUCAAGACCCACAACAUCCGCCGCAACGUCAUUAACAAUGAAAACGCCAUCGCUGGGAUGGUGCGCAUGAUUGUCAGCCCCGAUAUUGCGAAGCGAUAG